UAUAAUUAGAAUGAAGUGCAAGUGCUAGUGGGAAAUUGGCGUAUAUGACGUAGUAUGUUUGUUUCCUCGUGAGUCAUUGGGAUGUAAAAUAAAUUUAAUAUCAGUUUUAGCAUUGUGGUUGUGUUUUUAUAAAAUACCAUAAAUGUUAAAAACAGAUCAAAAAUUUGCAAUGGACAUUGUUUCGACCCCAGAAGAACGUUUGAAAAGACUACUUACAGAUUAUGCAUCUGUAGAAAUUGACGCAAGUAUACCUCCUAAAUGGUAUUAUCAUUUAGGAUUAGAAAUGGUGAGGAUGGCGAAUGUUUAUCGUGAAGAAGGACAGUUAGAAAAUGCUUACGUUUUAUACAUGAAGUUCAUUGUAUUGUUCCUGGAGAAAACAAAAACUCAUCCAGGUUGGAACACUCUGCCCGAGACUAAUAGAGCUGUUAUCCAACAAAAGUUGAGGGAGGUGUUCCCUAAGGCAGAACAACUCAAAAGUGAGCUGUCUAAAAAGUUUAAGGAAGAAUAUGAACGCUUUUUAAAAGAUGAGGUAUUUCACUAA